AAUCAACCGAGGUCGCCACGGUGCCCCAUCGGUCCUCCAUAGGAUCAUCCUAACGCUAGCCUAUCUGCGGCCUAUAGGAAGGGAAGUGGAGGGUGGGAACUUUUGGCCAGAGCUCGUCACGAGCACGCGUAAUCCAGAAUGGUUGGACUAGAUGGAAAAGAGCAGGUCGAAGGGGCCCGGCGACUCAGGCAACUUCGCGACUCUCCAAUCAGUGGAAGCGAGAGCUUGGAUAGAAUCAGCAUUAAAGACCAGAUAAAGGAGAAAGCUGAUGACGAUGAGGGGUCCCGCGAUGGGGAGGAACCGCGGCACAUGAUUCCGCCAACCAAUCAAGAGUGUCAUAGAGCCGUUCAUCGCGAUGGUCCCGGGGCCGGGCCUCUAACAAAGGUGCCCGGGGGUCGUCGAGUCAAGAGUCGGCGAGUGGGUUGGAAGUCACCUACCUACUCGGGAUAUGGCUCCGGGACAGUGCCAGGUCGUACCGCCGCCUAAAUCAAACACUUCAUUGGGGCUUCGAGAUAUAGACCGGGACGACCCAUGUCCAAAGGUCUAGGUCAUCAAUGA